AUGCCAUUCUGGUGCAUAUCCAAAUGCUACCCACCCUCGGGUGUUUUUCAAAGCGAGUUUGCUAAUCGGCAUCUCACAGCCCUGGAUGAGCCAAUGUUAUAGAUACAGUCAUCAGCAAAACAGUGACGCAUACACCAUCGCACAACAGGUUGAAGUCAAGCGGGGUUCCCAAAUACGAAUGGGGCAAUACAAGGCAUCCAUAUUGCCAUAAUAUCACCAUCCCAAAACGAAAUCAAUUAUGUGAACAGAAAAGGCUAGUGGAACGCGCAACUCGUUCAUUCUGCAGAACAGGUGGCUUAUUGAUCUUAGUGUGGAGUAUGGGCUGGACGCUGCUUAUCCUUCUGGUUGUUCUGACCGUGGUCCACGGGAACCCGACCGUGAUGGUCAGAACUGGGUCAGGACCAACAGUUGGGUUCGAUCAACACCCAAACAGUGUUCCUCUGGGAGAGGACAUACAGACCACUACAGAGGGGGAAAGCGAGGUGGUGGAGGAAGUGAUGACGACUGGCGUGCUGAACCCGAGUCACUACCCUGCCCGCCGGGCAGCCACGGUGGUCCAACACUACCUGAACACCCGCUACGGCUCACCCUACAGGUGGAUCUUUCUCAGCACAGUACACAGCGGCAGCGCGGAGGAAGUGGCAGAGAUGGGGAGGAAGUAUCAACUGGCGCUUACCAUGCAGGAGAUGAUCAGUAACGUUUCGGGGCAAUGCUCUGCGGAGCUCUUCUUUCCAGGGGGAGAGGGGCAGAGUGCUCCCCAGGUCCAGGCCUCCUGUGAGGGACUGCAUCAAAGCAACACCACGGCUCAGGAAGAGGCCUUCUACCAGCAACACCGAACCAGCAAUAACCUAGCGUCAGGAAACAAUAUACCAGACAGCUACGGUCACGUGGAGCCCAGCAUGAAGCCCUUCUGGCACCUGGGGGGCGUGGCCUCCAGUUUCAUCAUGCUGAGGGAGUCCAAUGAGAGCACGCUUUACAACAUGGCCCAGGUGGCCAACUUCACACAGCUGGAGACUGAGAAGGACCAGCUGAGGUUCAACUACCAUGUCCUGCUGCACGAAAUGAUUUCCCAGGAGAUCAUCCACUGGAAGCUGCUAGUCACCUGGUCCCCAGAACAGGGAGUUCAAGUCCUGCAGACUGAGCUGCAGCCAAAGUGCCACCACUGCGAGGCUCCUCCAAACACCACCAACUGAGAUACACGGGGGAAAACACUCCAGAGCCUUACUCAAGUACUGCAGGGAAGAGUACAGCACAUCUCUUUCUUAGGACUCGAAGGGUAAAAGCCACUUUCUACCUGCUUUGAAAAGCUGAGCUUUACACUUCACACUUGUCUUGGCUCCAGUAAUUAUGUUUACCUUCACCACCACUACUGCUUCAGAGGAGGUGAGGGGGCACACGUCAAUGGCCUUACUGCAGCGAUAUGCCGAAUGCACUGCUUUUACUGGUCAGCUUGUAAGACUCUUGGUAAGCUAUAACAAUGUGUUUCAACUUUUUGUUCAUAUACUCCAUUGGCCCGCUUCACUUCGUCAAUAAAGCUGUUGCUGUACACAA